UUCCUUUAUCUGAUGUUCUUGUUGAGAUUAACUAAAUGAGCCAAUUAUCAUUUUCUUCUUAAAUGAACAAGCGAAACAGCAUCUAUUGAAAUGAACUGAGAACAUCUUUGACUCCAGAUCCCGUUCCAUGCCAGAUUUUAUUAAAUAUGUUAUGUCUUCUUGCAUCCCAUUCUUCGUCUGGUUCUCUAUAAUACAAACUAUAACCCAGGACUGUGCAUCUCUCCCUACAAAUUAGCAUCACAUUACUACCCUGGAUGGAGAAACGCAGCCUUUGUGACCUAUGACUGGCUGUGAAUGACAAAUCAAAAGUCAGCAUUUUAGAAAUCAGCUGGGUUUUUAUUUUUUUCCCCCAACUGAACUGCAGCAAGGAGAGGAAAGGGAGCAUGAAAAAGUCAGAAAAUAAAGCUGGUGGACAGCAACGGUGACUUCUGCAGCAGCCGGGAGCGAACCGGUGGCGGCGGAGGCGGCGGCGGCAACCUCGGCAAACAAGGGGUGAUCCCCGCGGUGGUAGCAGCAGCCAGGAGCCCAGCGCGACAGCAUCAGCAUCAGCCGCUCGACUGCAGCACCAUGGACAGCUCAGGUGCCUCAUCUCCUGACAUGGAGUCUAGCUAUGGGGGAGGACUAUUGGACAUGAUGAAAGGUGGUGCAGGGAGACUCUUCAGCAACUUAAAGGAUAACUUGAAAGACACUCUAAAAGAUACUUCUACUAAAGUGAUGCAAUCUGUUGCAAGCUAUGCCAAGGGAGAACUAGAUAUUUCUUAUAUUACCUCAAGAAUUAUUGUGAUGUCAUUUCCGGGUGAAGGAGUCGAACUGGGAUUUAGGAAUCAUAUUGACGAUGUGCGGACAUUUCUUGAUUCAAGGCAUCCUGAUCAUUACACAGUUUUCAACUUGUCACCAAAGUCUUAUCGUACUGCACGGUUUCAUAAUAGGGUAUCUGAAUGUAGUUGGCCAAUUAGACAAGCACCAAAUCUCCACAAUCUCUAUGCUGUUUGUAAGAAUAUGCAUAACUGGUUGCAGCAGAAUCCAAAAAAUGUUUGUGUCAUUCACUGUAUGGAUGGUCGUGUGGCGUCAGCAGUCUUGGUCAGUGCAAUGUUCUGUUUCUGUCAUCUCUUCUCUAAUCCAGCUUCUGCUGUUCAAUUGCUAAAUUCAAAGAGACCUGGGGUAGUACUCUGGCCAUCCCACAGAAGAUAUUUAGGAUAUAUUUGUGAACUAAUAGCAGACAAACCUGUCCAGCCCCACUGCAAGCCUAUAACCAUCAAAUCAGUCCUUCUUAGCCCAGUGCCCUGUUUCAACAAGCAGAGAAAUGGCUGCCGGCCUUUCUGUGACAUCCUUAUUGGAGAAACUAGAAUAUUUACAACAUCACUGGAAUAUGAAAGAAUGAAGGAAUUCCGUGUUCAAGAAGGAAAAGUUGUUAUUCCACUAGGAGUCACUGUCCAUGAUGAUGUAGUUGUUUCUGUCUACCAUAUGCGAUCCACCAUUGGGGGACGGCUUCAAGCUAAAAUGACAAAUACACAAAUGUUCCAGAUUCAGUUUCACACUGGAUUCGUACCUCUGGGAUCAACAACAUUAAAAUUUACUAAGCCUGAGCUGGAUGCAUGUGAUUCACCAGAAAAAUAUCCCCAACUCUUCCAUAUCAUUGUGGAAAUUGAAGUAGAUUCUACUGAUAGGCAGACUGACUUAACUCCUCCAUGGGAGAAUUUCACCACAAAAGACAUCAACCCAAGCAUUCUUUUCUCAUCGCAUCAGGAGCAUCAAGACACCCUUGCUCUGGCAGGCAGAAGUUCUGUAGAUGCAGUGCAAGAUAACCUAAAGAAUGUUGGCCAGGGUGCAUUCUUGUCAUCUCUCAGCUGGCAAGAUCAAAAGGCAGAAAGAACCAGUUCUCAUCCCAGCUCUGAGGACAGGGCAGCACUGGUCCAUGAAGAAAGCGAGCAAUCUGAUGAUGAACUCUUAUCCCUCUCCAGUCAGCACAGUGGCACUAGCACUGACAAAAUUCACGGCACUUCAAAGCACAGCAAAAAGCAGCAAGAGCAGCCAGGGCCACCUCCACAAGAGGACGCAGAUCUUCUAGGUUUGGACGGCAUGCCUAUGAACUAUCCAGCAGCCCCCACUGCACCACCAUCUAACUCAGACUUGCUGAGUGACCUUUUUGGGGUUGGAAAUUCUGGAGGAUUAAACCAAGGCGGUCAGGGAGCUGUUGAAGAUGUCUUUCAGAUGGGUGGAACUGGUUCGGCACAGUCAACUCCACGGCGGCCUGCAACUUCAGCAUCCCCAUCGUUGUCCCCAAGAAUAGGAGAAGCAUCUGCCUUUGACCCAUUUGGGGGUAGUCCUAAGCAACCUGUCCCAGAUCUUUUAGGCUCUUUCCUUUCAUCAAAUGCCAAAAGUGAUCCUUUUCUUCAAGCAACAAGAAGUCCUUCACCUACAAUGCAAGGGGAUCCUUUUAACAUGGGUCCUUCGAAUACACCAACUGUUUCCAUUCAGCCAGAUAUUUCAGGAGACUGGGAAUGGCCUAGUAAAUCAGGUAUGGUGAGCAAAUCAACUGCUUCCAGCCCUACAGGAUCACUGCACAACACCCCCACGCAUCAAGCCAAACCACAAACUCUGGAUCCUUUUGCUGACUUGGGAGCUCUUGGUGCAAAUCUAGCAGGUUGUCCUUCCUUUGCCAGCAAACCCACUACACCUACAGGAAUGGGAGGGGUUUUUCCUCCUAUGGGAUCACCACAGAAACCAUCUCCCCAGCCAAUGGGAGGCGGCAGCUGGCCACAGGGCCCUGGAUUCCCUAGGCCUCAAACCCAGACUAAACCUCAACAAAGCAUGCCUCAUUCUUCUCCGCAAAAUAGGCCGAAUUAUAAUGUGACUUUUUCUGCAAUGCCUGCUGGUCAAAAUGACCGUGGAAAAGGAUCGGGCAGUUCUGAUUCUAAGCCCAAACUGUCUGCUGAUUUUGAGGAUCUCUUAUCUGGUCAAGGUUUUAAUGCUCAUAGAGACAAAAAGGGUCCCAGAACAAUAGCAGAGAUGCGAAAAGAAGAAAUGGCCAAAGAAAUGGAUCCUGAAAAAUUAAAAAUCCUUGAAUGGAUUGAAGGGAAGGAGAGAAAUAUAAGAGCACUGUUAUCUACCAUGCAUACAGUGCUAUGGGAAGGAGAAACAAAAUGGAAACCUGUGGGCAUGGCCGAUCUUGUAACUCCAGAACAAGUGAAAAAGGUUUAUCGGAGAGCAGUACUUGUUGUUCAUCCUGAUAAAGCUACCGGACAGCCAUAUGAACAGUAUGCAAAGAUGAUUUUUAUGGAGCUCAAUGAUGCCUGGUCAGAAUUUGAAAACCAGGGCCAGAAGCCUUUGUAUUAGCAUUCCUCCUCAGACGUUGCUGUAGAUCUGUGCUAGUGCUUGUAUUGUUCCUUGCCACAUGAUUUUCACAGCUGAACUGAUGUCUGGCUGGAGAUGUAAAAGUAUUAAUACUAGCCCAAUUAAAAAAAAAACUCUCCAUGGACAGGAACAAAAGAGAAGGCUGAUCUUCAUGAAUUACAGAUGCAAAAAGAAAGGAGUUCUUGGGACUGAUUUAUAAUGUUCUUUCAGAUUUAAAUAGGCAUUCUAAUAAACUAGGAUUGUUUGCCUUGGAACAGGUGAGAUGAAAUUGUCUCUUUGCCUUUAGCAAAAGGGACUCUGUACCACCUUGGAUGUGGCUUGAUUUUGAAGUUUGUAUCCAGAACUAACUCAAACUAUGGUACAUCUUCAUUCGUAUGCAGUUAUUUAAAACACUCUCUUUCUUAUCCCAAUUGGCCCUUAAAUUGUUUGUUUUAUUAUGUUUUGAAUAUGUCAGAUAAAUAAUUGGAUUAUGUUGCUGGUAAUUUAUUGCAGCCUUAAGCAUAGUAUUGCAUUUCAAGUUUGAGAUUUAAGCAGACAUUCUUCACAAUAGUUGAAUUGGGAGUUGCAUCUUUAAAUAAUCUAUUAUAUUAAAUCAGAAACCUCUGGGAGAUGAUAUCAAAAUCAGUAGCAAGCUGUGUUGACUGUUCUGCACUAAUAGAAACUGAAGGUGUGGUUAUAUUGCAAGCUUUUAAAAUUCCCCAUUGAGAUAUAUUAUCUUCUUACAUACAGGUGAAUCCUUGACUUUUCCUUUAAUUAUGUUCUUCCAAAAUUUUAAUCGAGUUCAAUCGAACAUAAGCUUCCCAGAUCAUUUUUAAUACAACUUGAGUGCAACAUAGGCUCACCUUCUAAGCCUCUGGAAAUAAUUUAUUUUGUUAACUUAUUCAAAUGAUGGAAUCUUACCUACAAUAGAUAUAUUGACUCAAAAAGCAAUAAAAUACAAACAUCUGUAUGGUACCUAUGAAGAUAAGUGUUAUUUUCACCUUCUUACAAAACUAAUUUUACAUAGUACUCUUUCCGCAGAGACACACGUAAUGGCGAUUUUAUUUAGGGGUAUUUCCUGAAUGAAAUCCAGUCACAGGCAACUAUGCCUUAUUUUUCCUCCUAAACAACUGUCAUUAAGUCAGCUUAAGUCAGGAACAACCGUGUAGACCUGGACUGAGUAUUAUUGACCCUGAAGUGACUUUUGAAAAUUGUAUUUCUCAUUUAUUGAAUGUAUGGUAACACUGCAGUCCUGUCACACACUAGAAUUUAUUAUACAGCCUAUCUCCUCAUAAAGCUGUUCAGAGAUAGGUCUAAAAACACUGGGUGGAGGAAAAUUGUCUGCAUUUUCACUAGGAGGCUAGUGGAUGGGCAGAAGUUUUCACUUUUUCUUAAAGGGAGGAAUUUCAAGGUAAUGUGAAAAUCUUUGUCUAUUUAGUGUUUUUAAGACAAUCUGUUUUUCUGUUCUGAUUUUCUAGUGAGAAACCCUUUUCUGCAGAUACAGCAUGUCAACCAGCCUACAUUUAUUUUUAUAUUACAUGCCACCUUUUUGUUGUAUCGAUCCAUUAUUUAUUGCCAUUUACUGCCAAUGUGAAUCAAAAACAUCAAGUUCUCCUUUUUUUAUAUAUACAAGACAUUAAGAUGUUUGAAAAGUAUAACAAACUGGAUGUUAUUUAUUAACAUAUUAUGAAAUGUUUUGAUCAAGUAUGUGCUUGUCUAUUAAAAACAUUUUGGAAUGUGAAUUAUGUUCCUGUGAAUGGUUUUACUCCUUUAUUUCCACCUGUAGAUGCUUAUAAUGCUGUAAAUAGAUUUAAUUAAUAUAGCAAACAUUUUUUGAGAUUUUACCAAUGAUUAGCUUAGUGUAUCAAAUUUAUUAUUUUUAUAACUCCAGCUAACUCAAGUUUAUGUGAAACACAAAGCAAUCCUUAAGUUUCAUCUAAUUCAGCAUCACGAAAAAUUAAUCCAGUUUAAACACCUCCUCUAACUGCUGUGUUUUAUGCAUGAAAAUGAGACUUGCUAUGCGAUCAAAAUGACGGAGACCAGGCAAGGUUUCCUCUUCUGUCUUUUUGAUGCUAUCAGGAAAUAACACUUUUAUUCAGGUGUAUCAAGAUUUUUUUUUCUUUUUGUAAAUCUGCAGUAAGCCCAUUGAACUGUGAAUAGUCUGAAAGAUCUGUAUAUAUUAAAAACUUCAAAGAACUCA